AUGGCGGAAACAACUGCUCAUGUUGAUCCAUCCCAAACCACUGAUGAAGCCACAUCUCAACCUUUGUUGAAGAUCCAGAGUUCAACCAGAUGUUUCAAAAUAUCCAGAAGGAUUACAAAUGUGGAUCGUAGCUCUAAAUCAUUUUGUGCUUUCAACGGUGAUGACUUCUUCUUUUUCAGUGCCUAUGACCUGGUUAUCUUUGACCGGUUCCACUGCUGUGUUCAACAAAACCUCCAAGAUUGUAACAUUCCAACUUACGAAAAAGUACAAGCUCUCAAAGAAACACUUUGCCCAGAUCAUGAAACUUCCCAACAAUGGUACUGGAGUUUAAUUCUUCAAGAUGUGUAUGAGAAGGAAGGGAUUCUUGUUCCAACUGAUGUUCCCAAAGCUGAGUUGACAAUCUAUCAACAUCUGAAGAUUGUUGAAGAUGACUCGGAUAUUUUUCCUACAGUUGCAAGAAUUUAUAAUGUCAUGCUUAGUAAGGUGGAUCCGACGAACCCUAUGCUUAUUGCAUAUCUGUCCAACAUAAACCCUAAUAUGGAAACAGGGGAUUUGUUACCCAAAGGAGUUGAAGGAACUUCGAAACGAAGCAAAGGGUCAAAGAAAGGAAUAAAGGCUGCUCAAUCGAAGCUCGAUACUGUGACUGUUGAGAAGGAGAUUACAAAGCCUGUUCAAGAUCAUGUUUCCCACGCUGAGAAAGGUCCUGAAAAGGAAGUGGUUCCUUCGAAAUCAGGAGUUCUUAAAAGAACAAAGAAUCCCACACACAGACCUCGUCAUUCACCAAAAAGGAGGCCUAUUGUCGACGAAGUUCCUGAGAAGUCUCUUUCUUCACCAACGUGGGGUUCUGUUUUGAAAUUCAAGAAGAUACGUAAACCUUAG